AUGCCGUCGCAGGCUCUUCCUGUGCGACAUAGCGAAGGAGACGACCCUGAGCGGCCCAGGCUACGGAGGACUGUGGAGCAUUAUUUGGGGUUUCCAGGGCCCGGCGCAUCAGCGUCGGCUGGCAGCGGGCCCAGUCGUCGUGCCACAGCGUCGUCGGGUUGGGCACUCUCAAGCGAGGACUCUGACGAAGCAUCUCCUCCUCAGCGGCGUCCACAGCCCAUAAACGCGGAGCUCGUGAAGCUGGUGGCCAGCUUUGCACCGCUUGAGCUUGCCCAGCUGAAGGCCGCAGAGCAGAAAGCACGGAUUCGAAAAGCGCAUGCACCAGCAGCUGCAGCGGCUGUGGAGAUUGUAGACGCGGCAGGGGACAGGAUCCUGCCAAACCCAGUGGCUCAGAAGCAAACGGAGGUGAUACAGCGGCAGGCUGCGGUGUCGGCGUAUGUAAAGCGGCUUCAACGGGAGCAGGAUCGCCUCCGCGCGGAGAAGGAGCGGCGCCUCAAGGCUGAGCAAGAUGCGUUGGCUGCCCAGCUCGACGAGGAAUCGAAAGAAAUUAGGACAGCAGCUGCGGAGGUUACGCGUGUCCCUGAAGCACAACAUGCUUCUGUCAGGCGUAAGAAGGCAGCGCCUGCUUUGAGCAGCGUGAACGCAGCGUUGAAGGACUUGCAGGCUUCUGCGACUGGUCCAGAUGUCCCUGAGAAGAAGCCGGCCGACCCGCGCCCUUGGCGGCACAACAUGCGGAAACAGAAGAACACGUCUGUAUCGGGUGAAGCGCCCAUUGGUGCACCACGGGAGGUUGCGGCCAGGGCAGCCACGGGGCCGCCACCGCCACGAAACGUUAGCCCUGGCGCAGCCGCUGCACGGGCGAAGACCUUAGAUCCGGUGGCCCGCGCACAGCUCAAGGAAUUCAUGGAGCGAAAAGCCAAGGAAACAGCUGCGAAGCAGCAGCAGGAGAGGGCCGCCCAGCUGGAGGCGAAGACAGCACAGCUUAGGGUGCUUAAGGCGGAGAUGGCCAAGGCGCGAGAUCGGGCUCAGAAGUACGCUGAGACGGCUAAGGAGAAUCCGCCAGACGUUAAGGGGCCUCGCCCUCCAUGGGUUGACAUCGUGCCGCCGGAGGGCGGCCCUGCAGCGGUAGCGCUGGCGCGUACUGCACCAUCGCGGCGGCCCCUUGCGGGGGCACCAGAUGUAGAGUUGGUCUCGGAGAGGGCGAUGCCGUACCACAUGAGCGAUGCCAUGCGCAUGGAGGCGACAGAACGCCGGCGGCAAGAGAGGCGAGCUGAUUUGUCGUCUCCGGACCGCACGCGUAGUGGCCAUCCUGUGCUGGUGGACAACUUCGGACAUUCCAUAGGCGACGAUGACUUGGGCAGCGGGCCUCAGGUGGUACGUGUCCAAGACCCAGAGUCGGAGCAACCGGCGCGGGUUUACCGAUCCAGCUCCGCGCGUCCGGGCCGGCCGCUGAUGAACACCGCGCAAGCACUCGCACAGAUCGCUGCAAGGCAGCAGGUGGGGUAUCCCAUCGCGCCGGAAACUCUGCGCGCGCUUGAAGUUGAGGCGCGUAUUGCCGCGCGCAAGAAGUACGAGCAGCACCAGCGAGAGGUCCAAGCGCGGGUGAAGCAGCAGAUGCGCCGCGCACGCUCCGAACCCCGCACGGGGUCCGCAAACCGGCGAGUACCCGCUCCGCAACCCCCGCCUAAUGCAGCUCCGCCCCGCGACCCCGAGCAGCGGAUGCCAGACGAUUAUCCCACAGCUGUGCAGGCAGAGCUGCAGCAGGCUCGCAACGAACGGCACGUGGGUAACCUGUGGGACCUAGCUCUGCAGCUGAGUGUGAGGCUCGAAGCCCUGCAGCGGCAGGGGAUGCUAGGCUUGCCUCAGCAGCCCAUCCAGGCCUGGCCGGAUCCCAGUGCGCAGCUGGAACAGCAGCAACAGCCAGGCGGUUCGCUCCGCGACUCCAUGGCCGGCCCCUUGCUGCCGUACCCGCCGCCAGUUGCUGUCGUACCAACAGGACUGCCGAUGGAGCUCGGCCCAGAGUUUCAGGUGCAACAGUACGACGAAGCCGUAGAAGCGGACAUCGAGUUCAAUACUGAGGCAUCGUGGCCCGUCGCCGCGCACAAGAAACCGCGUACCACAGGUGGCAGCAGCGCGGGCGUCGGCGCGGAUGGCAGCGAAGGCGGUCGUACCGGCGGCGGCUGGGCGUCUACGUUCGGCGAUAGCAGCGUGGGCGACCAGAGCCGUGGAGAGCAAGGCGGCAGUGUGUUUGCCUCGGAUGAGGACACAACAGCCAUGCAUGAGGUGGACAGCACACUGACUAGCGGCCUGCACCCUGCCAGUGGUGCGACUGCCGUAGGAACGACGCGCAGCUUCCUGGCAAAUAUGUCCUCCAUGCCAAGCCAGAGCAGCUUCAGCACGCACAGUCGUGACCAAGACGGCUCUUCGCUGCAUGGCACGAGCGGCCCAGCCAGCCCAGCCCAGCUAUCCAAGAACGCCAUUGAGAAUCAUCGGCGCGGCAAACGCUCCGUUUCCUCGGCCCCCAUUCCUAGCUCGCCGAGUAAACAGGCUGUUCCAGCAGCACCCAUCAUCCAAAUCCCGCUCCCAACAGCGACUUCUUACCUCGCAGCCGAGGGCGUGGAGCCCGCGGUGUCCGGGCUGCCUUACGAUAACGCAACGUUCAGUGCGGAGAGUGCGGAUGACGACGGCAGCAGCAGCAGCGGGGAAUCGAUGUACGGUCAACGUGUGUUGACCAUUGCGGAGCUGCACGGUGUGCUGGAUGAGAAUCCUCGCCUGGCGCAGAGACUGUCGCUGGAUCGAGAACGGGAUAGAUGGGAGGAUGCCCUUUCGGGCUCGCCGUCUCGGACCAGUGGCAUUAUGCUACGGCGAAGCACGGGAAACGCGGACGGCCUGCGGUACUGGCAACAGGCUGCUCCGUCUAGCCCGUCGAUUGGAAGAACUUCGGAUGACAGUGACCGCGGGACGCCACCCCGGCCCUGCGACGCUAUUGUGAACGAGUACGAGAAGGCGAAUAGCUUGCUGAGGCCCCGGCCAGCUCAGCUUGCACUUCUCAAGGCGCAGGCUGCUAAGCGUGCCGAGGAGCGGCUCGAAGGAUCUGACUCGAAAGAGGGCCAAUCGGAGACGGACGAAGAGCCCGAAAACCCCAGCUCCUUGCCCUUUCCGAAAGCAGACGAUCCAUUGAGCGUUAUCAAAUUAAUCGCACACAAGGGCCGCUUGCCGGUUCGGCCCACCAUCAUUCAGCUCACAGAAACGCCAGUGCCUGGGGCCCACGGCCACUCACCAAUCAGAACGGAGCAGGAAACCCAAACUGCACCACGGUCAGGUGAUGGUGAAGGACCUGCGCAGGAGCCAUCGCCUCAUCGGGGCCGCGAAGGGCUGCUCACGUCCGGGUCCAAAAGGCCCCAAGUAGUUCUGUCACGUGAGCUGACGCAGUCGCCGCCGCCACAGCUGCAGCAACAGCCCAGGAUAAUGCUGUCGUCGAGGAAGACCUGCGAAGAGACAAGUCCUGGCCCAGGACGCAUCGGUCAUGGUGACCCAAACGGGUCAUCCGCGCAGCAGCUCACAGACAGCCUACCUCCUUUCGUCAUCGUCACAACUUCAGUAACGGCCGCGGCGACAUCAGUGGCAGCCGUGCCGCCGCCGGUGGCGCAGCAGGGCCCGCACCUGCCAGCCGACAGCAGCACCAUGCAUCAUCAUACCAGUGGGUCAGCUGCACCGUCCUCCGCACACAGCCCGGCUGCUUCCAUGCAGCAGCAAGUGGACGCCAUGCGGAAGCUCCAUCUGCAGCAGCUUGAGGAACGGGGGCUGUCUGAGUCGUCUGUGGCCGCCAUUGCGCAUCAGCAAAGCAGUGCGGGAGUUGUGCAAGCGAGGGCAGCGGCGGCGGCUGAAGGGCCGGAUGACGGGGCCAGCGGCUUGCUCGGCGCGAUGGGCAGCCCUCAGCCGCGGCCCCGCAUGGUGACGUUCUUGGACGAGGCCCAGGGUCCCCCAGAGCGCGUGCGCCUGGCACCUGGAGAGCUGUUCAACCAGAUGCAGACCACGCUGAAAACGUAUGAGGAGCUCGACGCGGCAGAGCUGGAGCUGCAGCAGCUACAGAAUGCACGUGCAAUUGCUGCUGUCCAGCGCGAGGCACAUCGCAUUGCGCAGCGGCUUGACCAGACUGCCGCUGCGGAGGCCCAAUUGCAUCUGAUUGCCCAGACACAAGCUGAAAUGGACGCGAAACUCCAUGCAUUUGAGGAGAACAUUCGCAAUGAAGUCCGCAAGGACAGCCUCGGCCACCUCCAUGACGUGACGGCGCUGUUCGUGGAGCAGCUCAGCCGCAACAAGGUCGUGCACACCCACAGCAUGGUGCAGACGACGCCGCCACCACCAUCGCCUCCCAGACCCAACUUUGGCGUCCAGCAACCAGCCUCGCAACAGCCAGCUGCGCUACACGACAGGCCAUCUAACCUGGGCGGCAGUCCCGGGCCUAGUGGCAAACCAAGUUCUUCCGUCUCUUUCCAGCGGCCUUCCUCAAACCUCAGCAACCCGACGACUGAAUACUCCCCGGACUUCGAGGAGAGCGAGCUUCGACAGAGCAGCUAUAUCUCAGGGAGGUCGGCGUCCAGGGUAACCUUUCGAGAGGCCAGCCAAGCGUCUGUGCCCGAGAGCAUCUCGGAGGAGGAGGAGGAGGAGGACAAUAAGAGGAGCGACAGCAGUAGCGAGAUUGAAGAGGAAAUGAGUUCUCGCCACGAGCCGUCACUGCGCACCGGCACGGCGACGUCAAUGCGCGGAAGCGUUCUGGACCUCCGUGGUGACCGCCAGACCUCGCACGCCACCGAGCCCGAGACCAGCUUCGCAUCCGUCGCUGAGAGCAUUCUCUCCGAGCGCCCACCUUCCAGAUCAGCGCUUCGUCAGCAGGCAAGCACGCUUUCCGUUCCCGAAAGCGUCGAUGAAGAACCGUCCUCCCUGCACGGCCACCAGCCGGCUCGCUCGGCGCUGCGGCAGCAAAGCACUGUUUCCGUUCCUGAAAGCGUUGGCUACGAACGCUCCACGACGCCGCAUGGUGACAGCGGUGGUGGCACAGAAAGCGUCCCUUACUCCUCCAUCACCGGCGGGGAGACCACCCAGCCCUACAGCUCCAUCCAGGAGAGCCUGCCUUCACAUUCCCCGGGUCGCCUGCACCGGCCGUCGUCCACCGCUUCUGGCACUUCACGCCGCCCGCGCAGCGCGAUUGAGGAGAUCCCCAGCGAACCCGGUUACAGCACCACGUUUGAAAAAGACGAGGACGAACAUAUUUCCGAGGAGCUGAAAGCCGGAUCCAGCCGGACGGGCAUGCGCACAGACGACAGAGGUUACAGCACUGAGGAGGUGCAGAGUGAGCCAUCCGGCCACCGCUCCAGCCAGCGACGUCGCAUAUCCGCCUCUGCCUCCGUGCAGUCCACUGAGGUGGAAGAGGUUAUGCCGAGUGGCACCUCCCCAGGCUACAGCCAGGACGUUGAAGAGGACAGAGGCCUGGCUGCCUCGGGCAGCAGCCUCAGCAUGCAGCGGGGUCCCGGUCGACCACAGGCGUUGGUUAGCUCCCCGGCGCCGACGGCAAGGGAUGCCCAGCGCCCCGGCGACGUGGCCGGUGUGAUGGCCACACCGCCGAGCGUUCGGACGUUGCCACGUCGUGACGACAGCUUGGUACCGGGAGCUUCACCACUCAGCCUGCGAGCUUCCCUUGACGGAGGACUGGAGCUGGAUGAUGAUGUGAUGACAUCGUAUGCUGCGGACGCGGAGAGGCGCAUGCGGCAGGAGGUAGCGCUGCUGCAGGACCGUCUGAAAGACAUGAACAGGCGCGCGGACGCGAAGAUGGAUCAACUGGAAGCAGAGCUGUCCACGGAGAGGCAACCGCAGAAGCGCCAGGCGCUCAUACGUGCGCAGCGACUAUUGCAGGUUCAACACGACGCCGACGCUGCGGACAUUCAACGGCAAAUUAGCGCCAUUAAGGCCGACUACUCACGUCAGCGGCUCAUGUUGGAGCGUCUGUACCGCCUGGCCCAGCUCACGGGCUCGGGGACUGGUUUGGCGGGAAAACGCGGUGCCGCCACGCCAGCAGGUGAUAGCCGCCAUGCAGAUCGCGGGAGAGGGUCGGCGAAAACGCUGCAGCCGCGUGCAGCGGACCGGGACCGUCAUGCAUCCAGUUCAUACAGCGUUGAGGAUGUGGCAGUGCAGCGGCAGCAGCCGUCUGCGUCGGGUAGCCUGGCGGAGGAGGUACGUGUGCACCGUGCACGCUCAACGACUAGCAGCAUUGCAGAGGAGCCUUCGCAGCACGUGCGGCGGGCAUCCAGCUCAAGCAGCGUAGCCGAAGAUAUCCCGGGAGGCUCCGGGGCAACAGAGGUUGCGGAGGAGUACAGUGCCCAGUUUGAGCCCUCAAGCCUAAAGCGGUCAUCGAGGAGCCAACUGCAUCGGUCAUCCCGCCCUAGCCAACAGCCGAGCAGCAUUGUCGACGACAUCGAAGAGAACCUCUCUGGCCGUCGCCUGGGAACCUCCGGCAGCAAGUCGCAAUCUGUGGUUACCGAGGACACCUUCCGGCGGUCUGGCAGUACAUCCGGAAGCCCUCCUGCCAAGACACGGCAGCCAGUCGGUGGCUCUGCGGCAAUUGAAAGCCCGUACAGUGAAGACUUCGCCGGUUAUGGGGCCAACGCCAGCGCAAGGCCGCUGCAGUCACACAGUGCAGAACGUCCCGGCGCAAGCAUGGCGAGGAGUGACGACCUGGACAGCGAGCUGUCGGUGCUUUCUCUGAAGCUCGAGCGCGAGAGGGUCGAGCUGGCUCGCAAGCUGCGCGAGGAAAAGGAGCGGCGCAGGGCCAAGGUUCUUGCUAAGCAGGCGGAAGUGGAGCGGUUGCGCUCCAAGCUGGCGGCCCUCAAAGGUCAACCUGCGCCUCGAGCAGCAGCACCGAAGCGUGAACCCUCGGCCUAUACAGAGGAGGAGUCUGAGUCCGUUGUUGAGGAUGAGGUUGGCGAGUCGUCACAGCCGGACGUCGUUGACUCGGGCAGCAAAGUGCCCUCAAUCGCUUCCGAGGUGCCGUCGCGGGAGGAUGCAGCGUCCACGGAGGAAUCAGAAGUGGCCGACGAGGUAGAAGAUGGAUACGACGACGACUUCAUCAAAGAUGAAGAACAACCUACGCAGAGCAGUAUGCCUAGCCGCAACGGUACAGCUGCAAGCGCAUCCGCGGAGCACACGACAUCGACAGUGCCAUCCGUUGAUCCAGAAGUAGCUGCUAUGCAACGGGAGGUCGCGGUCCUGGAGGAGGAGGUUCGGCGCGCGAAGAAGGCGCGCAUAGAGGCGAUGCAGCGCCACAAAGUCAAGCUAGAGGCCCAGUUGAAAUCACUCAGAGCUGAGGCACCUUCAUCGCAAGCUUCAAAAGCCCCGCUCUCUACCACGUCGGAAUCGCGUGGUAAGGCAGCAGAAGCGGCGCCACCUCCGCAGUCGCACAGCACGCCUGGCACUUCGUACUCCUAUUCGGAAGACUUCGCCGGCAGCGGAUCCAUUACCGAGGCCAUUGCACCAUCGUUGCCGGGCGCGAAAUCGUCAUCUUCCGUCAUCGACGAAAUUUCACAAUCCACGCUGCAACGAACGUCUGGUCAACCGGCAUCCAGUUCGCGGUGGUCAAAGUCCGUCUCCGAGGAACGCAUCAGCUCUGCGGCGCACACGACCCAAGGGCCUGCCAGCCGCGCGAGCUCCGGCAUCGAGGACGAGGUCAAGGGCGCGGCGCUGCACAUCUCUCGGUCGAGCGGUGCCUUGGGCGGCAGCAGCCAGCGCUCUGGGGUUGCUGGGCAGGCGAGCACCUAUGACGACGUGUAUGACGAAAGUUUCGAAACCGAGAGCGCGGUUGGGGGGUCGAUUGUGCACGAGGCGAGCGAGAUUCAGGACGAGGCUGGCCACAGCGAGGUUCCCAGUGGUAGCGACCCGACCGCCGGGAGUUUGGAACCCAUUAGGGAGGAGGACGUCCGCAGCAUCUCCGGCCAGUCAAUCAGCUACGCGGCCGACUCGAUCGCCGAUCGAAGCGUGCAGGAAUCUGUCGUUUUCCGGAGUACUGACACGGCUUUUGGCGGCUUCCCGGCCCCCGGCGAUGAUAGCAUUGCAGAGUCAGGCCAUGGGGCUGAAGACGACGCCCCAGCAUCAGGCAGUCGUAGCGCUGAGGACGUUGUGGAUGUCAUCGGGCAGUUCUCGUAUACAGCUGGCAGUUCCGGCUCGUCGCAGAGCGUCCAGGAUGAACAGUCGGGCUCUCAGCGCCGUGGCCAGGACAUCCAGGACAGCCAGCCGACGCUGUCGGAGUUCCUCACGACCGCCGACAUCGACACGCCCUCCGUCACGCCGAGCAUACACAGCUCGGAGUUGGAGGCCGCCAAAACGACCAAGACUAGCUCGGUGCCCACCACGGCCCCAACGCAAAGCAUCAGCCGCAGCGUUGCCAGCCGCGAGGCGACUUCAGCAGUAGAGGAGUUCCUCGCCAGCACGGACACCAUCGGUGAGUCCGAGGCCCCGAGCGCCCUAAGCGCUGACCUAGAGGUCGCGCAAGAGGGCUCGUUGCAGCAGACAAGCGCCGGUGGCAGCAGCGUGCAGGAUGUGGAGGAAUCCGGGCCGCUGAUCGUGACACGACACAGCUCUGGCUCGGGUCCCAUAGAGGAGGAGGAAGAGGAUCAUGAGGGAACGAGUGCUGCACCCAUGGGCAGCCGCAGCACAGAUGUCCUGCAUGGCUCUGUGCCCGAGUCGGCGGUCAAGGCCAGCGGCUCCCAGGCUGAGCUGGUGGAUGAGCAGGACGAGCAGGAGGAGGAGGAGGAGGAGGAAAGCGAUGAUGAGAUUUCGGAGCUGGAGGUAGAUUACAGCGGGGAGGCAACCGGCGUUGAAGAGCCCGAGGAGGCCUUCUCUGAAUCCGCGUUGCAUAGCCAGGGCAGAUCUGGCCUCAGGCAGCCUUCGUCAUUGGGCGGGGCGACUGUGGAGGACGACGAGUACGAGCCUGAUUUCGCGGAGCAUGACAUGACGGCCCAGGACAGCGUCCUGGACGCUGUAGACAUGGUCCCUACCGGGUCACGGGUAACUGAAUCCACGGCCGUCGAGGAUGAUGUGGCGUUGCAGCAUCAGCGCUCUGCAGCAUCGGCGUCUGCUGAAGCCGUCGAUUACGGCGGAUUUGCACAGCCCUCUUCUGCAACAGUAUCAGCGGACGUGGUGGAUGAUGGGCCGGUGCAGCGCUCGGGGCCAACAGUUUCCACCACUCCCUCUGCCUUACCAGAGGAGUACCAGGCUGACGAUUACGAUGACGACUUCCAGCCGUCUGUCCUGGAAGUACCGGAGGAGUCUUCGCGGAAUGUGGCUGGAACACUCCAGGUCGCUUCAGCUUCUACAAGUCGGGCUUUAAUCCCAUCACAGGUGGAGGAACCCGAAGAGGAGGAGGAGGACGACUACGAAUCCGACUUCCAGUCAUCGGCUCUCGGAGUUCCGGUGGUGGUGGAGGAGUCGUCGCGCAGGGUACUCCAGCCGCCAGCGCCCUCGGCGUCGGCCAGCCGGCUUGUGUCAACGGGUGAUGUUGUGCAGGAGGAGGAGGAUAUUGACGAAUACGAGCUGGAUUUUGAUGAGUCAGCCCUGGAUGUGCGAGCCGAAGUGUCAUCACGCACGGUGCAUGAGCCGUCAGCUGCGUCGGUCUCCGAGGGCAGGCUUGCGUCUAAGAGCGAGAUGGUACAGGAUGCAUCUGAGCUCCUAGCGCAGGCAUCGCUUCCGGGGGUCACGUCGACGUCCUCCAUCGGUUCGCGUCGGCUACCCGGCACCCGGUCUCACGCGUCGUCCAAGGCCGUGCCAUCGGUGCUCCACCAGCAAGCAUCGUCUGUGUCCGCAGCGACUUACGAUGAGGAUUUUGAGGAGGGCGAACCAUCCGAGUUGCAGCUGCAUGGAACGACAGGCUUGGACCGCACUGCGCUCAGCGUCGUCCAGGAGUCGGUCGAGGACAAAGCCCAGCUUGGCGCCACAGCCUCGAACCUCUACUCCGAUGACAUCGGGCCUGCAAGCAACCUUAAUCAGCCUGACGCUGUGUCAUCUGUAGCCCGCAGCGCUGCGGAGUCCUCUGCGACGGAGGUUGCAGGGGAGGACCUGGAGUACGACUACGGGGCGUCAGAAGCAGAUGAGGAUGAGCAGCAGUUCAGCGGAGGAAGCACCGGGCUUGUCGGCCCAGUCUUGCCACCCGCCGCCACGACCUCUGUGGCGCUGGAAGUCAGCAAGCGCUACGGCCCUGCGUCCAAGCAGAGCUCCGGCAGCUACAGCGAGGACUUCCAAGACCAGGCUUAUGACGAUAGCAUGCUCGCGUCCGCUUUGGAGGAGAGCGCGGGCGCCGAUGUCGCCACCGUUGACCCAACGACCUCUUUCUCGCUCGCUCGUGAUGCCGAUAAGGACAUGCAGCCUCUCAUGGCGGAACCGAGGUCCGAGUCGAGCAUCCAGAAGCUGGCCUCUCUGUCAGUCGAGCGACGCACCUUAGCACCACCAGCAGCGGCAUCUUCCAAGGAGCCGGCGCCGUUGCAGCUGCCUGUUGCCGAGCCCAGCACCAGCCACAAGCUGCCACCCCCACCGGAGGCAUCCACGUCAGUGCUUUCCGUUGUGGAUGAGGGCCCUACUUCCGCGACCGUGUCCUCGGAGUCAUCCACACAGGAGCUGCCACAGGGCCUGGGUGAGAUGGGUGAGGCCAAAAAGCCCACGGCGCAGCCACAGAUCGAGAACGACGGCGAUGACGACUACACCCGCGACUUCUCCGAACCCCAGAGCAACGUUGAGGCGCUUAGCAGCAUCACCACUGGCGACAAAGCGCAUGAGGACCGUCUGGCCGUUACGAGCCAUCCCAUCGGCCAACUUCCCUCGCCGUCGGCACAGUCCGAUGACGGAGCACGCAGUUUGCAUGGGGACGAUGCUGACGACGCUGAGGAGAACGAACCGGAGGCCCCCGAGGAGGAGGACUUGGACCUGUCCGAUCUUGGCUUGGACACCCCAGUGGCGGGUGUGGUGUCAGGCGCACAGCCACUUGCUGGGGCCCUUACACCGCCGGCCUCUUCGGACACGCCGCCACGCGUGCAGGGUACGGAAUCUGCGGAGGCAUCGACCAGCAUGGCGAGCGAGAUGGAGGUUGAGGACAGUGGAAUUCUCGCGGUACCGCGGGGUCGGGGUAUCCGGCAAACACGACAGAUCGAGUCGCGGACGUGGCGCAGCCAACAGAGCCCGUUGGAUGAAGAGGACGGGCUGGACGUGGAUGUCGACUUGGUGGACCUGAGCGGGCCUGACGGCAGCGGUUUGCUCGACGCUCUGGGGGCAGAUCUAAUCACGGAAGCGUCGGAGGUCAUCACGCCAAGCCAUAGCUUCAGGAUGCGGAGCGGCGACCUCGCGAGUGCUCCCUCUUCUGGAUCCCCCUACGGGGUGCGCUCCGCCAUGUCCAUCCGGCUGGCGACACUGCGCGAGUCUCUGGACCACGAGGGCGAGGAAUCGGAGGCUACCAGUGAGGUGGUGACCCCGACGGCGGCCAGCGUGUUGCGGGCGGCCGCUGAGAACGUCUUCGGCUCACGACUGGGCCAGCAGGCAGAGGCCAAGUCAGAUGCAGCGCCCAGCGAGGAGGGGGAUGAGGAGGGCGACGAGGAGGAGGUAGCCGUCGCGGGACUGAUUCCUGCCCAAGCCAGCGGUAGCGAAGCGACCUUUCCACGGACGGCACGGGCAGGGCCAUUCGAGCAGCGGGCCCAGGAGUCACCUGCGCCGGCACCCGAGAGGACGGAAGCCGCGUCUACCGCCGUGGCAACGGAGCCUUCACGGGAGCUAAGUAGUGCAACCGGGGUGUUUGCAGCUGCCGCUGCCGGGCAGGUCGGCCGUGAAGUCAGCGCUGCCGCGUCCACGACACAGUACAGCGAUGAUCUGGAGGCACCACCUAGCGAAGUUGGUAGCGGACGGCUGUCAGUCGAGGAGUACGACCCGUACACGAGCGCUGCUCUUGCGGCAGAUGACUCGGACGAGCUGUUGCAGGUGGCGGCAGCUUUCGAGUCGCAAGCCAUUGACGCUGAUGACACUGACGGCGUCGCGGCCGAGUACUCGGCCAUCUCUGCGUCGGGCAUGUCAGACGACUUGUCCAAAUACAAGGUGGCGAUGCAACCGGAUUCGGACGACGAGGCAGGGGGAAGCAAAACUGUGGCUGCGGCGCCAGCGGCGGUGACUACUGCGGCUAACCCAGACCCGGCGCCGGCCCCGGCUCAGCAGGCUGAAGCCGAGGAUGUCUCGUCUGAGGAGGCGCCGGAAGUAGAGGACGAGGAGCCUGAGGCAGCAGCCAGCGAUCCCUUCUCAGUGGAUGAAAGCAGCGACCGGCUUCCGACGCUGCGGGGCCCGCAGCUCCCGGUUUCGCUUCUCGCCACGACAGCGCAGGCGGCAGAGCAGGCUGCCGCGGCGCCACUGCGCGCGGCCGAGGCGAAGGGCGAGGCAGUGACGAAAUCGACACCAGCGGGCCCUGUUCCCAUGGCGGCAGCAGCAGCUGCCUCAUCACCGACUGCAACUUCUCCGCGGUCUGAGCGAAGCAGCCAGGGUGCCUUGCCCGGCGAGACGAGUCUGGGCCCGCUGCCCCGCUCCGGGCUGGGCGAUGAUGACGAUGACGACGGACAGGGUCUGGAGUACCGCGCUAUGUACAAGCCUCACGGCGAGCCGGCAGACACUAAACCAGCAGGCGGGCAGCCCCCUAGCGGAGAGGCUGCGCCUCCUCCUGCCAGCGAGGCAGGCGUUGGGACGAAAGGCGGCUACUUUGAGGAACUGCGCAAGUUCGCCGGCUCGGAUGACGACGAUGAUGGCUUUAGCGGCGGCAUGGGGGCCCGAGGAACCUCCGCUGCAUCCCUCAAGCCGAUGUUCCAGGCCCUUCUUGACCAGCCAGAGAGCGAAGCUGACUUGCCCAAGGGUGAAUUCGAGUCGGAGAUUGAGGAGAUGCUGCGAGACGCUGCAUCGCGUUCCAGAUCGCGGCUCGUGUCGCCUUUCCAAUCGCGGGAUUGGGCGCUUGAUUCCGACGCGCAGGAUCAGGACGUUGACACGCCAGGCAGCGCGCAGCUUGCUGCCGUGCUGCCGUCACAGCCGGCCGCCGCAGCUGCGGCCACCACUGAGUCCGUGCCUCCGGAGGUGCAGGAUACAGCUGCGCCAACUGCAGCGGCUGGCCCCAGUCGCGAACAUGUUGUUGAGGAGAUAACAGAGUCAACUGUCAAGGAACUUGUGGCGGAUGCGGUCGAGGUGAUGGUGGGUAUUACAGGGAAGGCCGCUGCAGCUUCGACAGCGCAGCUCGAGCCCGGACUGCGUGCGCUCAGCACCCAGGCUGAGGACAGGGGCGGCCCGACGGGAGGUUCAGCAGCGGCCCAGGCCGCCGAGGACUCCUCCCGUAGCUCCAUGGGUGGGGAGGCAUCCAUCAGCAUGAGCGUGGAUGACCUGGAGGGCGACCUUGAGCUGGACGCAGAUGCUGAAUUGGGCUCGGGUGGCGGCCUGGACCUUCCCAGCCCGAUUCCCAGCGACAGCGGCUCGUUGGGCUCUCCUAUGCGACCGUUUGAUUCGGCGGGUGCAGCCAAGUCGUCCGCGGCAAGUGCCGCCACGCCAUCCCUUGGGCCUGAGCGCUCCGACCGUGACCUUGCGUUGUCGGGCGCUGCUACCGACGAAGCGCUGGCUGACAGCGGCGUCGGCCUCAACAGCGACGAGGACCUCGGGUGGGGUGGCGCCGAUCUUGAGGAGGACUGGCAGCCGGAUGUCUCCGGGUACAUCGCACCUGAGAUGGACCAGGCCGCGAUUGAGCGCGAAAACGCGCCUGCUGUCUCCACGGGCGCCGCGGCGGUGGCGGAGUACGCCAGCCAGGUCUUGGAGCAGUUCAUAAAUAACAGACCAGAGUUCUUGGUACCCGGCGCGGAGCCACUCAGCCUGGAAGGCUUCCUGGCCCAGGAACGGCGGCUGGUGCACGCCAGCGAGGCGCAGCACAUCCAUAACAAGAUGGUCUACGAUGCCAUUAACGAAGCGCUGCUGUCAAUUUACCGCGGGGCGAACCGUGUCCAGACAGCACCCUGGCUGCGUCGUAACCGUGUCGCCAAGCCGCUGCCAAGCCCCGCGGAGAUGGCGGAGCAGGUACAGCAGCAGCUGCGGGCGUGGUCUGGAAUGAGGAUGCGCGACCCUGCCGAAAUGGACAAGGUCCUGGCGAUGGAUGCGCAAGAAGACGAGCGAGCUCGUGCCGACCUUGUUGCGGAGGAGGCUGAGGUCGUUGGGGACGUUGCUAACCUCAUUUUCGAGGACUUGCUAACGGACACGGCGUUGCAGCUGACGGAUAUCGAGCAACUCCUUACAUCAAGGACGUCAUCUCGCAGUACCAUGCCCGGCGCCGGGCGGCGGCGCCUGGAUACGCUGGCGCCAUAGCUGCGACUCAGAGCGUCUGUGGCCUUGAUACAGGCCCUAAACGAAACGAUUGGGGUAUACUUCAUGCCAUUAUGGGUAUUUUGGAUUUUUGGGGUGCACGUGGUUGGGUUUGGUCGUUACAAAUGUUGGUGUAUCAAUACUCUACUGCAGGGGGCUUUUGACGAACUGGUUACCUGGGCGGAUCGGGAGCUUAAGAAGUACUGCGAACCACGACAGUGAAAGUAUUUGCUUGCGGCCAUGGCCCUGACUAUGAACAUUGUGAGGGGGUUGGUGGUGGGGUUUUGAGAAGAAACGCGCGAGACCAAACGAGUUGCCAACGUGACCAUGGACUCGACUGCUAUGCUACUGGGUGUCAUAGGAUUUCAUGAUCUUGAUCAUUUCCUUGUGAAUACGUAUUGCAUGGUUCGGACCCGUCCGACGGAUGACGUACGUUCUGUUGGCCGAGUGGGCUUAUACAACGUAACGAAAGAUAACAUUUGAGCGAGCUGUGUAGGGGCUCACAACUGGUACCGUUAUGUACCGUUGGAUACCUAUCAGUGGGCACGAAUAUGUUCAACGGUGGGCAUUUCCGUGCAUGGGGCUCCAACUGUACCCGUGUAAUCCUCUCCGUG